AGUUUUAAAAUCAUGCAUUCAUUUCGAUUGUUUAUUUCAUCCAGCACGUUGAGAUGUAUUACCUAACCGUAUUCAUAUAUGUGUAUAUAGCUUUAGAUAAGUAAGGUGGAGUUCGCGGCUUAGAUUAUUCCGUUUCACAUGUCACAGAUACUAGAAACAUAUAAACCUGCGCGAAAAUGCUAGAUAUCACAUUUUAUUGAACAUUGGAAAGAAAUGGUUGUCUUCAUCUUUCCAUCAAUUUCUUAAAGCGCGCGUGUGAGGUUGAAGGUCAGCUGAUAACAGGUGUAGAUGGAGAAUGCGGUUCCUGAAUUCGCUCGUCGUUUGUACAAAGAGUGGCGUGAUUUUACAGCUGAACCAGUCGAAGGUAUCCAGUUGAUGCUCAAUGAGCAAGAUAUGACGGAAGUUCAAGUCGUACUUGACGGUCCUGUUGGUACCCCUUAUGAUGGUGGCAAAUUCCGUCUGAAGAUGUUGAUCCCUAUGCAGUAUCCGAUGGAACCACCGAAGGCUUACUUUUGCACGAAGAUAUUCCACCCAAACAUAGCACCAAACACCGGAGAGGUUUGCGUAAACACACUGAAGAAGGAUUGGAAAUCCAAUUUAGGACUACGACAUAUCCUUCUAACUAUAAGGUGUUUGUUGAUAGAACCCAAUCCAGAGUCAGCUCUUAAUGAGGAGGCUGGAAAAUUGCUAUUAGAAGAUUACAGUGAGUUUGUGGCAGAAGCUCGGCUCCUCACAGAAGUACAUGCUUACUGGCACGUUCGGGAACAAGCGAAAGUCAGUAGUCAGAAGAUGCAUCAAGACGACCAUGCAAGUGUCGAUAUGUCAGGCAAUUCGACUGAUGCGCGUACACAUUCUAAAGUGACACAACGCAACAACUCAUCAUUUCGUAAAGCGCUCAAACGGUUGUAGUACCUAAGAGCGCAAUGCUCCUUGAAUGAAGACUUGUAAUGAAUAAUCUAUACCUUGUGCAUUUAUGUAAAUUAUAUGAUAAUUAUACUUU